AUGAGUACCGUAUCAGAGGCUGGCGCUAAUGGAAUCCCACAAGAACAAAAUAAAGGCGACAUGGCCAAUAAAUUGGCUUCGACAGGCAAUGAAGAGUGUCCAACAAAAACGUCACUUCUCUUCUCGCUUCAUGAAGAAGUUGGUGCUUUAGCUAGAGCACUUCAAGUAUUCGAGAAACAUGGUGUUAAUUUACUUCGUAUUGAAUCACGAUUGUCUCGUCAAAAUAAAAGUGAUCAUGAAUUCUAUGUUGAAUGUGAUAAUACGAGAGGCAGUGUUGCCAAUGCAAUUAAACAACUACAUCAGGAAUCGAAAUACCUUCAUAUACUUUCACGUGCUCAUAAAACAUUGAGUGAAUCUGUACCUUCGUUUCCGCGAAAAAUCCAUGAUUUAGAUCAAUUUGCUAAUCGUGUUGUUUCACUAGAUUCUGGAGUACAUUCUGAUUAUCCUGGUCUUCAUGAUCCGGUCUAUGUUAAACGCCGAAAAGAAUUUGCUGAUAUAGCUCAUCAAUAUCGACACGGUCAAUCGAUUCCGCGUAUUACUUACACAGAACAAGAAAUCGCAAUAUGGGGAACCAUAUUUCGUGAACUAACUAAACUGUAUCCAACACAUGCAUGUAAAGAAUUUAAUAACGUUUUUCCAUUAUUGAUUGAGAGUUGUGGCUAUAAUGAAACGAAUAUACCUCAAUUAGAAGAUGUAUCGCAAUUUCUUCAAAAACGUACGGGUUUUCGACUUCGACCCGUAGCUGCACGAGAUUUUCUUGCUGGUUUGGCUUUUCGUGUAUUUCAUGCAACACAAUAUGUUCGCCAUCAUAGUGACCCUACGAUUUCACCAGAACCGGAUGUUUGUCAUGAAUUACUUGGUCAUGUGCCACUUUUUUCUGAUCCAGAUUUUGCAAAAUUUAGUCAAGAAAUUGGCAUGGCUAGUUUAGGUGCAUCUGAUGAAUAUAUAAGUCGCUUAGAGGCAGUAUACUGGUUUACUAUUGAGUUUGGUUUAUGUGUUGAAAAUAAUGAACGAAAAGCUUAUGGAGCUGCUAUUUUAUCGUCAUUUGGUGAAUUACAAUAUUGUCUUUCGGGUAAAUCAUCUGUAAUACCAUUUGAUCCAUUCCGCGCUUCAAUUGAGCCCCAUGAAACAUCAACUUAUCAACCAACUUAUUUCUUAGCUGAAAGUUUUAAAGAUGCAACAGAAAAAUUCCAGCAAUAUGCAAUGACCAUUCCGCGUCCAUUUAGCAUACAUUAUAAUCCGUAUACACAAUCAAUUGAAGUUAUUGAUAGUAAAGAGCAGAUCGUGAAUAUGUUUCAAACAUUACGAAAUGAUAUGGAUAUGGUUCUUGAUGCUCUUCGAAAAACGGAAUUUAGUCCUGCUAAGAUUGAUUAA